CGGACUUCGAGCGCUACACCUCCAACUACACGCAGAUCAAGGAGUCCAAGGGCAUGCAGGCCCUUCAUCACGCCCUGCAGAAGGACAUCCCUUACUGCCGCGUGAAGAAAACGUACGCACGGGACUACGCGAAGAUAGAGAUCAAAGUGAACAGAGCGGCCGUGGCAUGGCCGGCAUGGGAGCAUGCCAAAACAUUGUUGAGCAGCCAGGGCGGCAUAUUCAAGUACGGGAUGGCGCCAUCGUCAGACAUAGCGCGCAGAGUGCAGCAGGUGUUAGAGGAGCUUGGCGAGAGUCGGACGCACGAGGAGAGGUAUCGGUAAACGGAUCGAGCUCCUCGUCGACAGCAGAAAGAAAUACUCCUGCUGGCUCUCUUUCUUCGACUGCGAGAAGAAAUACUCUUGCUGGCUCUUUCUUUUCUUCGACUGCGGAAAGAAAUACUGCUGGCUCGUCUUCGACUGCUGGUGGGAAUACUUCUGCAGGGAUUUCGUUUUCUUCAACUGCUGGUGGAAAUAGUUCUACUGAGCUUCGACAGCUACUACGAGCAGCUGAGCGACGUCAGAGAGCGGGAUCUGAGGAGCUGUCGUUGCUUCCCACCACGCAGGGCUUGUCGUGCCGGUCACCACGCUGCGAGAGAAACGCAUCGCUGUGCGCGAGAGGCGUGGGCCGGUCGUUGGCGACGCCGUACGGCUGCUGCAGCGACUACAUGCUUCUGAUGCUGACGGACGUGACGGAGUGGCUGACAGCGCAGCAGAUCCCAUACUUCGUCACGUACGGGACGCUGCUGGGGGCGCUUCGGGACAACGAUAUCUUGCCGUGGACGCAGGACGUGGACAUAGUGGUAGACCGCUCGCACUGGCCCCAGCUCCAGCGCGGACUUGAGGCGGCCGACUUCUUCGGCGGCCGGCGCUACAUGUUUGGUGUGGACCAGUGGGAGGAGCGAGUCUCGCGGGUGUGCGCGGAUUGGGAGGGUUUUGCCGCGUCGGUCAUCGGAGGGCCCGACGGGGACAGGUUUACCCGAGGCACGGAGUUCCACCUGGACGUCUACGCCAGCGACUGGUGGCAGAUCAAGGACCUGCACCUGGUCGACUGCGUGGAGCCGCUGGGCACGGCCACCGUGCCUAUCCGCGGGCGCAACUUCUCCGCGCCCGCUCGGCCGCGCGCCUGCGUCGAGAAGCUGUACGGCGCCGACUGGAGGACCCCGAAGCGGGCGCUGUCCGGCGUGAACUGAGGUCUUCUGGGCAGCGGGCGCCAGGUGGCCCCGCGCGCCCGCCCGCCCCGGAGGAGUCGUGCACCAGCGGGCCCGGCAGGACGCCCUGGCGGCAGCGGCAGCCGCCCGAUCUGGUGGCGCUGGCAGCCGGCUGCCGCGUGGAGCACGGCCAGGGCAUGCACGGCCAGGGCUUUGGGCCUCGGCGCUGCGCCAC